UUGUUGUGCCUUCUUCUCUUCUUUGGGUCUCAUGUUUCUUCUCCUCUCUCUCUCUCAUUCUCUCUCCCCCCAUCGCUCUACCCCGGAGCAGCAGCCUUAGGGGCUGGGAGGAGGGGCUCCAGAAUGGCAGAAGAGAAGAAGCUGAAGCUCAGCAAUACUGUGCUGCCCUCUGAGUCCAUGAAGGUGGUGGCCGAGUCCAUGGGCAUCGCCCAGAUUCAGGAGGAGACCUGCCAGCUGCUGACAGAUGAGGUCAGCUAUCGCAUCAAGGAAAUCGCACAGGACGCCUUGAAGUUCAUGCACAUGGGGAAGAGGCAGAAGCUCACCACUAGUGACGUUGACUACGCUCUGAAACUGAAGAACGUCGAGCCGCUGUAUGGCUUCCAUGCCCAGGAAUUCAUUCCAUUCCGUUUUGCCUCUGGUGGAGGCCGGGAGCUUUACUUCUAUGAGGAGAAGGAGGUUGACUUGAGUGACAUCAUCAAUACCCCUCUGCCCCGGGUGCCCCUGGACGUCUGUCUCAAAGCUCACUGGUUGAGCAUUGAAGGCUGCCAGCCGGCGAUACCAGAGAAUCCGCCUCCAGCUUCCAAAGAGCAACAGAAGGCUGAGGCCACAGAACCCCUGAAGUCAGCAAAGCCAGGCCAGGAAGAAGACGGGCCCCUAAAAGGCAAAGGUCAAGGGGCUGCUCCAGCUGACAGCAAAGGGAAAGAGAAGAAGGCACCCCCCUUGCUGGAAGGGGCUCCUUUGCGACUGAAGCCCCGAAGCAUCCAUGAGUUGUCAGUGGAACAGCAGCUUUACUACAAGGAGAUCACUGAAGCCUGUGUGGGGUCGUGUGAGGCCAAGAGAGUGGAAGCUCUACAGAGCAUCACUACGGACCCAGGGCUCUAUCAGAUGCUGCCCCGAUUCAGCACCUUCAUCUCAGAGGGGGUCCGUGUGAAUGUGGCACAGAACAACCUGGCCCUGCUUAUCUACCUGAUGCGGAUGGCAAAGGCGCUGACUGAUAACCCGACGCUCUAUCUGGAAAAAUAUGUGCAUGAGUUGAUUCCAGCUGUGAUGACCUGCACCGUGAGCAGACAGCUGUGCUUGCGACCAGAUGUGGAUAAUCACUGGGCCCUCCGGGACUUUGCCGCCCGUCUGGUGGCUCACAUCUGCAAACAUUUCAGCACAACCACUAACAACAUCCAGUCUCGGGUCACCAAGACCUUCACCAAGAGCUGGGUGGAUGAGAAGACUCCUUGGACUACUCGUUAUGGCUCCAUUGCAGGCCUGGCAGAGCUGGGACAUGAUGUGAUUAAGACUCUGAUUCUGCCCCGGCUACAGCAGGAGGGGGAGCGGAUCCGCAGUGUCCUAGAGGGCCCUGUGCUGAGCAACAUUGAUCGGAUAGGAGCGGACCACGUGCAGAACCUCCUUCUGAAAUACUGCGCCCCAGUUCUGGCAGAGCUGUGCCCACCAUCUGACGACCAGGAUGCCUAUUGGGCAGAAUUUGGGUUCCUUGGCCCCCUUCUCUGCUCCCAUGUGAUCAAGGCCCAGGCCCAGGCUGCUCUGCAGGCUCAGCAGGUCAACAGGACCACACUGACUAUCACCCAGCCCCGGCCCACACUGACCCUGUCCCAGGCCCCCCAGGCUGGCCCUCGGACUUCUGGCUUGCUAAAGGUUCCCGUCCAGACCCUGGUGUCUGCUCGAGCUGCUGCCCCUCCUCCAACCAAGCUCAUUGUAAUGUCCUCAUCAUCUAGUGCCUCAUCUACCCAGCAGGUCCUGUCCCUCAGCACCUCAGCUCCUGGCUCAGGCUCUACCACAACCUCGCCCGUCACUACCACCACUGUCUCCAGUGUGCAGCCCAUUGUCAAGCUGGUCUCCACAUCCGCAACCACUCCCCCCAGCACUGCUCCCUCUGGUCCAGGGAGUGUCCAGAAGUUUAUCGUGGUUUCUCUUCCAAAAGGGGAAGGCAAAGGAGGCCCCACCUCUCAUCCUUCUCCAGUUCCUCCUGCCUCCUCAUCCCCUUCACCUCUUGGAGGCAGUGCCCUCUGUGCAGGGAAGCAAGAAGCUGGGGAUAGCCCCCCGCCAGCCCCAGGGACUCCAAAGGCUAAUGGUUCCCAGCCCCCUGGGUCUGGGUCUCCUUGA